AUGGUACGUCAUUUGGAGAUUGACAGGGACCCCAUUUUGGAGAUUAUAAAAGCUACUUUCCCAGAAGUUGAGAAAGGAACGAUUACAUCAAACAUCUUUGCAGAUAGAGCAAUUUUAACUCCGAUGAAUGAUGAUGUGGAUAUGGUCAAUUCAGUUUUGAUUGAACAGUUUCCAGGAAAUAAGGUGAUUUAUAAGAGUUUUGAUGCAAUGCUCAAUGAUACUUGCAAUAUCUAUCAAUCAGAGUUUGUAAAUAAGCUUUGUCCAGGAGGAAUGAGUCCUCAUGAGCUUGUGCUUAAAAAAGACUGCCCUGUGAUUUUGUUACGUAAUAUAAUGCCUUCGGAUGGUCUCUGUAAUGGGACGAGAUUGAUUUGCAAGAUUUUUCAGCCCAACGUUAUCGUCUGUGAAAUCUCUGUUGGUCAAUAUAAAGGGAAAACUGUUUUUUUGCAUCGAGCAACUUUACGCCCUCCAACAAAUAGCAGAUAUCCAUUCACUUUUGAAAGGAAACAGUUCCCAAUUAAAUUAUGUUUUGCUAUGACGAUUAAUAAGUCACAAGGACAAACACUGAAUCAGGUUUCGGUUUAUCUUCCUCGACCGUGUUUUGCACAUGGUCAACUGUAUGUGGCUUUAUCUCGGGCAACAAAGGCUAAAAAUGUUGUUUUUUAUACAAUGAAACCGCCAGAGGGGUAUCACGUCAACUCGGUUAGAAAUGUAGUGUCCUUUGACAUUUUGAAGUAUUCAAAAGCUGUUUAA